GGUGUGAAGAAUGAAGCCGGUUUCGGUCUUCUUGAUCGUUUGUGCCUUGGCUUGUUUCUUGCAUGCUAGCGAUGCUCGAGUGCUUGGUGCCCUUUCUCUAGCUAGCCUCAAGCAAAAUAAACCUGGAUCUCGACCUCGCCCUAACAUCCCGGCUCGUCCCCCUCCUCCGCGAGCUUAUAAUGUAUUAAACCGAGAUCAUGGUCCCCCACCUCCUGUCCAUAGCAACUCUUACCACAAGUAUGUGUUUUGGAGUCCGGGUCUGUCAGCGGCGGGCCAGGAUGAAGGACGCACCUACGGCUAGAAUAGGCCUUUGAUAUCUG